UGCCGGAUUGAAGAUGAAGCACGAACAGAACUACGUCGCUGCAAAACCCAGUUCCAAGAGAGUCUCAACAAGUUGAAAGUCAUGCCACGAUGAGGCCCCUCUCAACCCGAUUGAUUGCUCGAGCCUGCCGACAUGCUUCAGGGGGUCAAGAGGCGUCGACGCUUGAAGUCAUGCUGUUUCGAGUGGAGUCUUUGCUGCGGAACAGUCGAGUCAGCUCACAUGUCUUGAUGAUUCCGCUACAUGUGGUUCCUUUCAGCAAGAAUACGCGCUGCUGAGGCUGUGGUUGAGUAGCG